AUGGGUAAAAGAUCUGCAGAAGACGACGGCAGCGUUGAGGCCAGGGGCAUUGCAAAGACAGAAGUUGGGGCCGUACCUUCAAGUCUCGGUGGUGAGGACGUUUCUAAUGACGACGAAAUGGGGGAAUUUGAAGAUCCAUAUGGAGAUGACUUCGAAAGUGAGGGAGAAAUCAUUGAAUUGGAUUCUGACAAUGAGGAGGACAGCGAAAUGAAUGUUGAAUCUAUGGAUACGAAGAUUGAGGAAAUUGAGAAAAAGGAAGAAGAAGAGCCACAAUCCACUUUGUACUUGCCACAUAGAUCCAAACCAUUAGGCCCGGAUGAAGUUCUUGAAGCCGAUCCAACCGUUUAUGAAAUGUUACACAAUGUUAACUUGCCUUGGCCGUGUUUAACCCUCGAUAUCUUGCCAGACAACUUGGGCAAUGAGAGAAGAACAUAUCCAGCAUCAUUGUACUUAACGACAGCCACCCAGGCUUCUAAAGCUAAGGACAAUCAGUUAAUCACGAUGAAAUUACUGUCCUUGGCAAAAACACUCGUCAAGGAUGAUGGUGAUGAAGAUUCUGACGAUGAUGACGAAGAAGAUGUUGACCCUGUUAUGGUGUCCGAGACCAUGCCACUUAAAUCAACCACCAAUAGAAUUCGUGUUUCUCCGCAUGCGCAAUCAACUGGUGAAUACUUGACUGCACUUCUGGAAGAAAAUGGUGAAGUGCUCAUUUAUGAUCAAUCUGCACAAUUCACUUCAUUUGACACCCCGGGUUUUGUUAUGCCUAAGACGGCAAAGAAACCCAUUCAUACCAUUCGUACACAUGGCAACGUCGAGGGUUACGGUUUAGAUUGGUCUCCUUUAAUUAAUACUGGUGCUUUAUUGACUGGUGACUGCCUGGGCAGAAUCCACUUGACAUCGCGCACAACCUCAAGUUGGGUGACUGACAAAACACCAUUCUUUGCAUCUCAGUCUUCGAUCGAGGAUAUUCAGUGGUCCACAAGUGAGAACACUGUUUUUGCAACCGCUGGAUGCGAUGGAUAUGUUAGAAUCUGGGACACAAGGUCCAAGAAGCACAAACCGGUCAUUUCUGUUGCAGCAUCGAAGACUGAUGUUAACGUAAUUUCAUGGAGUGACAAGAUUAAUCAUUUAUUGGCCUCAGGUCAUGACGAUGGUAGUUGGGGAGUGUGGGACUUGCGUAGUUUCAAUGGAAAGGAUCAGCCGACCCCAGUUGCGAACUACGACUUUCACAAGUCUGCGGUUACUUCGAUUGCAUUCAACCCGUUGGACGAAUCUAUUAUUGCAGUUUCGUCUGAAGACAACACUGUCACCUUGUGGGACUUGGCCGUGGAAGCAGAUGAUGAUGAAAUUUCUCAGCAGAGAAAGGAAGCACACGAGUUGCAAGACAUACCUCCUCAGUUGUUAUUUGUCCACUGGCAGAGAGAUGUGAAGGACGUGAAAUGGCAUAGACAGAUUCCUGGGUGCUUGGUAUCCACCGGUGGAGAUGGUUUGAACAUUUGGAAAACGAUUUCUGUGUAA